AUGGCCAAGAACCCGACUCUGGGAGCGAAGGCUGAGUUUUCUACAGGGAAGAAGGUGAUGUUUCUGGAUGAUAAGACCAAGCUGGAGCUAUUCCUUCUGCUCAAUGGGACGAGAAAAGACGGAGUGGUGAUAAAACAUGGCUUCCAACGGUAUCUCCGAGCCCCGACUGACUCUGAGGCCAAACCCAUAGAGCAGCUGUCUACGGAGGAAGUAUCCAUCACUUUGGCAUUAGAGCGUUUACAUAAUGACUCGGAGGGGGUCCAGGAGUGGUGGAUCGUGAACCAGACGAGUCCGGGAAACAUCAACGUUCGUAGCCCCAAGAAUCUGUACAACGCUGGGCUGGAGCUCUAUGUCUUCAGCGAUCAGGUCAGCCCUCCUAGUCUGGGCUUUCUGGCUGGAUACGG